UCUGCUGUACAGGGUGCAGGGCAGAGGGAGAGCCAAUCACCGAAACGCACAGGCUCCCUUUAAGCCUGACAUAUCUCCAACAGGAACAAAUUGUCCCAACAAUCAACAUCCCCAAUCUGCUGCGCGCAUCAGGGGCUGGAGAGGAGAGGAUCGAGCCUGUGUGGGCCUGCGCUGCGCGACACCGUUGCGCUGGAUUGCUCUGCAAAAAAACUAUUCCAAACUCCUCAAACGCCCUCAGCUGCUUUGGAUAUCGAGGUUUGUGGUUGAGGAGCGGGCUCGGACACCAUGUCAAUAUUACCAUCCUUCGGGUUUACGCAGGAGCAAGUGGCGUGCGUUUGCGAGGUGUUACAGCAAGGAGGAAACCUGGAGCGGCUCGGCCGCUUCCUGUGGUCUCUCCCCGCCUGUGAUCACCUCCACAAGAACGAGAGCGUCCUCAAAGCCAAGGCGGUCGUGGCCUUCCAUCGGGGGAACUUCCGAGAGCUUUACAAGAUCCUGGAGAGCCACCAGUUCUCCCCGCACAACCACCCGAAGCUGCAGCAGCUGUGGCUGAAGGCGCACUACGUGGAGGCGGAGAAGCUGCGCGGAAGACCGCUCGGGGCUGUGGGGAAGUAUCGCGUGCGGAGGAAAUUCCCGCUGCCCCGCACGAUAUGGGACGGCGAGGAGACCAGCUAUUGCUUCAAGGAGAAGUCCAGAGGAGUGCUGCGGGAGUGGUACACGCACAACCCGUACCCGUCCCCGCGGGAAAAGAGGGAGCUGGCCGAGGCCACGGGGCUGACCACCACGCAGGUCAGCAACUGGUUCAAAAACAGACGGCAGAGGGACAGAGCUGCGGAGGCCAAGGAAAGGGAAAACAGUGAAAACAACAACGCGGGCGGAAACAAACAAAACCAGCUAUCCCCUCUGGAUGGAGGAAAGUCUCUCAUGUCCAGCUCGGAGGACGAGUUUUCUCCCCCUCAGAGCCCCGACCAGAACUCUGCGCUUUUGCUUCAGGGCAACAUGAACCACCCCGGGGCCUCCGCUUACCCCAUGUCCGGUCUGGGGGCCCCACAGUCGGUGCACGGCAUGCAUGGACACCCACACCAACUGCAGGACUCCUUGUUGGGACCUCUAACCUCCAGUCUUGUGGAUUUGGGCUCUUAAAGAGACAAAUAUAAUUAUUAUAUUUUACCCAACGAGAAAACGAAGAGGACUGAUGAGUGUAUCAGAUCGAAAACAUGUAUGAAAUAACAAUAUAGUAGCUUAUAUCUUAUAAUAUAGACUGACUUGUCUGUCGUUAAAUUUGGGUGAAACAAAAUUCCUCAAUUCGCUGAAACUGAACGCAUCCAGCAGGAGCGUUUUUAUCCGAUUUCCUGCGCGCAAAAGCAAAAGGAUGACACUGAAACUCCGAACAGGACUUUCCACUUUAAUUUAUGAUAUUUUAUUAAGAUAUCCAGACAAUUAUAUCACAUCUCCUGCUUUGGAAACUAAGAGGUAACGUUUUCAUUAGUCAUGCUCAUUAGUUUCCAAUAAAACAGAAGUAGUGCAUU